AUGAAGUUCAGCAAGGCCAGGUGCCUAGGCAGCGCCCGACUGCAGCCUGAGGGGUCUGUGGCAGCGUGGGGAUUUAAAGCAAACCUCUCCCUUCUGAGGCGACCUGGGGAGAAGACCUAUACGCAGCGUUGCCGCUUGUUUGUUGGGAAUUUGCCCGCUGAUAUAACAGACGAAGACUUUAAAAGACUGUUCGCCAAAUACGGGGAGCCAGGAGAGGUUUUUAUCAACAAAGGGAAAGGCUUUGGAUUCAUUAAAUUGGAAUCUAGAGCUCUUGCAGAAAUUGCGAAGGCAGAACUGGACGAUACCCCCAUGAGGGGUCGGCAGCUUCGUGUUCGUUUUGCCACACAUGCUGCUGCUCUUUCAGUGCGUAAUCUUUCGCCCUAUGUGUCCAACGAGUUGCUGGAGGAAGCUUUUUCCCAGUUUGGUCCAGUGGAAAGAGCUGUUGUGAUUGUAGAUGAUCGAGGUAGAUCAACAGGAAAAGGCAUUGUUGAAUUUGCAUCAAAGCCAGCUGCAAGGAAAGCAUUUGAACGGUGUACCGAGGGAGUGUUUUUGUUGACAACUACUCCUAGGCCAGUUAUUGUGGAACCAUUGGAACAACUGGAUGAUGAAGAUGGUCUUCCAGAAAAGCUUGCUCAGAAGAAUCCAAUGUAUCAAAAGGCUCAGCCUUGCAGUUUUGAAUUUGAAUAUUCCCAGAGGUGGAAAUCUUUAGAUGAAAUGGAAAAACAGCAGAGAGAGCAAGUGGCGAAAAACAUGAAAGAUGCCAAGGACAAACUUGAAAGUGAGAUGGAGGAUGCUUAUCAUGAGCAUCAGGCAAACCUCUUGCGUCAAGACCUUAUGAGGCGUCAGGAAGAACUGAGGCGUAUGGAAGAACUCCAUAAUCAAGAAAUGCAGAAACGCAAGGAAAUUCAGCUGAGGCAGGAGGAGGAGCGUCGCAGGCGGGAAGAGGAAAUGAUGAUACGUCAGCGGGAGAUGGAAGAACAAAUGAGAAGACAGAGGGAAGAGAAUUAUAGUAGAAUGGGUUACAUGGAUCCAAGGGAGAGAGACAUGAGAAUGGGUGGUGCCACCACAAUGAACAUGGGAGAUCCUUAUGCUUCUGCAGCCCAGAAAUUUCCACCUCUUGGAGGUGGUGGCGGCAUAGGUUAUGAAGCUAAUCCAGGAGUUGGCCAAGCAGCCAUGAGUGGUUCUAUGAUGGGAAGUGACAUGCGUCCUGAACGCUUUGGGCAGGGAGGUGCGGGGCCUGUGGGUGGCCAGGGUCCUAGAGGAAUGGGGCCUGGAACACCAACAGGAUAUGGUAGAGGGAGAGAAGAAUAUGAAGGCCCAAACAAAAAGCCCCGAUUUUAGAUGUGACCUGUAGUUUCAUUCCAGUUUGUUUUUGUCUGUCUUGUUUAGACACCAACUUUUUAAUUCUUGCAUUUUAGUAAGAAAGCUACGUUUUUAUGGAUGUUAGAAACUUACUGACCUAAUAUUUGUAAGUGGUCUGUUUGGGCGAGUACAAUUUAAUUAUGUAAUGCAGUGUUUCAAAACAAAUUUAGCUGUUUUUUUGAUGUAUAACGUCCCUAACUUGAUGGCAGUGUACCUUGUGCCACUGAAUUCCCAAAGUGUACCAACUUUUUUUUUACUGUGCUUCAAAUAAAUAGAAAACUAAAUGUAG